GUGUUGCUCUAGAUGUUGGCGUCGACCACGCCCUUUGAUGUGACGCAUCUUUAAUGACCGUGAUUUAAAACGUGACUCUUCCGUUUACUCCUUGAAUUCAUAUCAACAUUACGAGCCAUCACAUAGCCAAUGCCCAUAACUUGGAUAUUCCCCUUACAUAUAGUUCAGCGCACUUCACUAUUGUACCACAUCUGCUGGACAAAGCUAUGGCAGCCCUCACCAAAAGCAAGCGAACUCUUGAAGAGCCCCAAGAAGAUCGCAAAGUCAAAGUUACAAAGACCAAGAAACAAUCAUCACCUGCUGCACCAACCUCACCCGCUGACUUCACCACAAUCAUGGCUUCUCAACUAGCUCUCAUCGAAGCAUCCAGCCGCACACCAUUCGAGAAGAGUGUAUGGACACUUCUCUGCCAGAUCCCACGGGGUAGCUUCUCAACAUACGGUAUCAUGGCCGCGCAUUUAAAGUCAUCACCAAGAGCUGUAGGCAAUGCGCUGCGACGGAAUCCAUUCGCACCAGAAGUACCAUGUCAUCGCGUUGUGGCUACUGGAGGUGCGCUGGGUGGGUUCAAGGGGAAGUGGCCUAAAGAUGGUGAGGGAAUCACUCUUGAUGAGAAGAGGAAGCUUUUGAGAGGCGAAGGAGUGAGAUGGGAUGAUAAGGGGAAGGUUAUAGGGACACCGUUCAGCGGAUUCGCAUGAAAUGGCCUCUGAUGAGACAUUAACUCUAUUUUGUACUAUACAAUAAUAAUGAACAUCAUGAAGUUGGAGGCUUGGUAUCCUAUCACUGGACGUCUUUGUCCAUGUGGGGGAAAUACGGUCAACAACAAGCCUAUUGUAGCCGAAACCCGGAGACGUUUUGGUAUCCAACGACAACGUUUUUUAUUCGUGCUUCAC